GCAACUUCCCCGCGCUUUUGACUGCCGGCUCGGUCGCCCCCUUGCAUGAAUGGUGAUCUGGUGCCAGCAGUUCUCUCCCACUGCCAGUGGCAGUGCUGCCAGUGCCACUGACUUUCUCUGUGUCCACUGAGCGACUCUGUCUCCUUCGACUUUGCUGACUCCCUGGACCCUGCAGCAAAGGUGGCAGCAAGUUUCUUCUUCAAUUCUGUCCAUCCUCAGCUCACAUCCAUUGACUCGAGCUUUUCAAAAGGCCAACCGUAGAGGGCCGCGGUAUUUCAGUCAGGCACCUCUCAGAGCAGCACCACUCGUUUGUUGGCAAGGGCACGAGACUUGCUCCAGAAUCCCAGUGUGCAUCUGCAACUCGCGGGCUGGUGGCUGACGUUUUGUAGCAUGGCUCUGCAAACUCUUUAGCUCGCUCCCUCUAUCAACAUCUAGCAACUUGAGCUUCGCGCACUCCAGACGCCAUUUUCACCUCCCCACAUUUUCAGUUCCGUGGGGCUUGCGUGGCCUUCACAGCAGCUACGCAUGUGAAAAGGGCACAAAGUCCAGCUUGCAGCUCGCAGGGUGGGGGCUGGGUCAUCCUACCAUGGCCCAUGCAGACUCUCUUUCCAGCUCGCUCCCUCUGAUAGCGUCUGUAGCAGUUGUCAGUGGCGCCGCAGCCGCACUUGCUACCAUCCUUGCGGUGAAAGUUGUGGGCGAUGAUCAAGUGCAUGAGCAAGCACAAAAGUGGUCGAGAUGGCUGGGCUUCCAUUACUCACGGGUUGAAAAGGCUGCAAGUGACUCUGCUCAUCAAUGUUGCUGCGGACAUCAAAGAUCAUUGAACCAGCCCCAAAACCCUCCCAAACAGAAAUUGAACGAUCUGCCCUUGGAAAGCGGCUUCAAGGAGGCUGGCUCCUUAGGCAGUCACCAUAUCAAACCCCUGGCGACGGAUCACAUUGAAACCAAGUCUCUGGACCCCCCUAGAGAGCGGAAUGCAUGGAAGUCAAGCCAAGAUCCUGAAACAGGAGUGUCCAGACGGCUGGAUGAGCUUUUAGAGGGGGCAAAAGACUCAGGAGAAGCUUCCCCAAGCGGCCAAUCUGCUGACAUUAGCAGUAUUGAUUUGAGAACACCAGAGAAGCAGCCGCGAUUGCUAGAUCAGAGCCUUGGGGCAACUUCGCCGGCACUUCCAGGGAAGCCCGAUCCAGAAGACCCUUCAAAACGGAAAGGAUAUCUUUCUUGGGACGACUACUUUAUGGCGGUCGCUUUCCUGAGCGCCCAGAGAUCAAAAGAUCCAAACCGGCAAGUUGGAGCGUGCAUCGUAAGCCAGGAGCGCAUCAUCCUGGGCAUCGGGUACAAUGGUUUCCCCAGGGGCUGCUCGGACGACCAACUGCCAUGGGCCAAGUCGUCGAAAGAUGGCGACCUGCUCAAGACAAAAUACCCGUACGUGUGCCACGCGGAGCUGAACGCCAUUCUGAACCGGAACCACGCGUCAGCCCCCGGCCAAAAGAUGUACGUCACGAUGUUUCCGUGCAACGAGUGCGCAAAGCUUAUCAUUCAGUCGGGCAUCUCGGAAGUGAUCUACUACACGGACAAGGGCGGCCACGAGCGGGAUAUUGGACCGGGGGAUCCCCGGCCGGAAAUUGCGUACGCAGCAUCGAAACGGUUGUUGAAACUGGCGGGAGUGAAGAUGUGUCAACACAAGCCGGCUAAGGCUUCCAUCACACUUGAUUUCAGGUGACGUAAAGGAGUGGCGGUAGCACGCGACCAGAAAACGUAAGAGGAGAGUUCACAUGUGGUCCACGGGUUUCCCUUUUCAAGGGUGCCACUGAUUGAUAACCCAAUGCAGCCCUGGUAUAACCGUGUGCCUACAGUGCUAAAGAAAGACAUGUCAAACACGCAAAUACUAAGCCUGCGUCAAGGAAAAAACGACUCGGCCAGUAGGACUGAAUCGCGCUGACUAAAAGCGAACACGUUUGCGAGCGUCCAAACUAACUCGGUCAGUGCAUGCAUGAUGUACCCGUGC